UGUGCUUGCCGUAGUGUACACUUAACGUCACAACGAAGCUAUUUUGAAUUUUAAUAAAUAAAUAAAUUAAUAUUCAAUAACAGAAACAAAAUAGUAAACAAUUUCAUAAAUAAUUGUUUUGUACUCCUAAAAUGCGUCGAGGCUAACUGUAUAUUUUAAUCAAAACUUUGUUACGAAUUACCUAAGUGGGUAACUAUGUCGCGCCAAGUCGACUUGAAUAUUAAUAAACUCUUAGAAGGUUUAGGCCUUGAGGGCGAAGAGAACGACUUUUGCGACUUUACCAUAGCUGAUCAAAAUUCUGUUGCUGAGUCUCAAGGUAUAACUCCGACGACUCCAUCAAAUUUUAAACCCAUUCUCGGAGGCAAUGUUACUUACGUUGUCGCCUGUGUUAUAUUAAAUGAGAAAAACGAGAUUUUGAUGAUGCAAGAGGCCAAAGAAAGCUGCGCAGGUAAGUGGUAUCUACCUGCAGGACGUAUGGAAAAAGAUGAAACAAUAAUACAAGCUGCAGCUAGAGAAGUAUUGGAAGAGACUGGGCUCCAUUGCAAACCGGAAACACUACUUGUAGUAGAAACUGCUGGUGGUACUUGGUAUAGAUUUGUUUUGACAGGAAAAGUAAUUGGAGGGGAGCUUAAAACUCCUGCCAGAGCAGAUAAGGAAUCUUUACAGGCUAAAUGGAUUGCAAAUCUAGAUGAGAUAACAUUGCGAGCAAAUGAUGUAUUGCAUUUAAUUGAAAGAGCUAAAAUGUAUAAAGAUAGUUUGCCUGGUGAGUCCUGGCAUAAAAACAUUUUACCUGCCCCUAUACCACACACAAAAGAUUUGUUGAGACUUAUUGUCUUAAUAAAAAAACGAAGUACAAAUAGAAUGCAUGUGUUAUUGAGUGAGAAAAGCGCCUUACACUUUCCUACAUGCGAAGUAAAUCCAGCAAAAAGUGUUCAUUCUACAUUACGUAGGUUUAUGGUUGAAAUGUUUGGUGCAGAUGUAGCGCAACAUAGACCUCUAGGUCUUUUCAAUGUAGAGGCUGACCCUUCAGCACAUGGUUGUUGUCUAACCUUGUUAGUUGUAUUUAGACCACCACUGGAGGAAGUACCUUUAAUUGGAAAAUGUGCAUGGCAUGAAUUAAGUCAAGAAAUGGAGAAAAAAAUUUCACCACUUGUUUCAAAGAAAAAUUCUACAAUAGAAUUACAUGUUGUACGCUAAAUCUGCAUUAUUCACUGUUAAAAAUAACAGGUGCUACAAGAAUACUCAAUUGUUAUAAUUAUUUAUCUUCUAAAAUUUACUUGUAGAAGAAGAUGUGUAUUUUAUGGUAGCUUUAAAUUUUCGUUUAGAUUUUUAAUAAUUUGUUGUAAUAUCAACUAAUUCCAUUAACAUUCCCGUGAGUUGAAAGAAAACUGCAUUUAUUUUAUUAAUAUGCAAGCCUGGUAAAUUUGCCAGCUUAGCUAUGAUCUGAUUUUAAAUAUUUUGUCUUAUCACAUAUAAUCUCAAUUAUAAUAUAUUAAGGUACAAAAUGUAUUAUGUAGCUUAUUUAACAGAAUUAACAUGUUUUUUUUGGUGAAGGUAAACCUACAUGUGAAUUUACUAACAUUAAUUACUAUGCUUGCCAUGAUUAUAUAACAAGUACUUUGAAUGUCAAAGCAUGUAAGCAGAAAGGUUCAAAUAUAUAAUGUAUGUACAUUAUGGCAGUAUGUGGUAAAACAUAAUACAUAUGUCUUUUAAUUAUAUUUCCAUAUACUGUCUUUUAAGUGGAGGCCCCAAACUCUUUAUACAAAUUGAAUAUUUGUAAUUAUAAUUUUUUUAUGAAAUUUUUCUUAAUACAAUAUAUUUAUUUCAAAUUACUGUUUUUGUACUGAAAAGGUAUUAUUUUUAUGGUGCUAAAAUCUGUUUA